UCUGUUUGUACGUAUCUAUCUCUAUCUAUUUUCCGUGUACUCGUUCCUCCUCCGAAAAUAUCGCCAUAUAUAUCACUUCAAUCGUGGCUGAUAUCUGAACCCUCUAUGCGAUUCACUAUCGUCCAGUCAUCUCCAAAUCCAAUUCCUAAUAUACGGUGUUUCUUAAGAUUCGAUCAAAGUUGAAUUGUUGUUGAUGAAUCGAAGAAUUUUUGUUGAGAUUUUCAGCUCUGGGAAUUUGAAGCUUCAAUUAACAACGUUUGAUUCUGAAUUUAGGCGUUGAAGAUUGCUCGGAGCGUCUCUGGGUUUUUGCGAGAUCAGGUGUUCAUCGUAUCACUCGUUUGAUCUGAUUAUUAUAUCUCUGAUUGAUAAAAAGGGGUAUUUUUUACGACUAUUGAUUUCGUUUCCGAAUUCGAUUGUCGGUUGGUUAGAUCUUGUAUCGAUAGCUCUUAUUUGAUGUUUGGAUUAAUGGAAUUUGAAUCAUUAUGGUGAAUUGAGAUUUAGAUUUCUGAUCUAAUUUUCGAAUUGGUGUACAAUUCUGAGUUCUUCAGUUGCUGUUCGAUUGAUUGGGUAUUUAUUUUGAGGGUUUUUGAGUUCUAACUCGUUAAAUUUAAUGAGACUACCAAUGGUUGAUUGUCGUAGCUUGAUCGAGUUCUGUAGAGCUUUUGAACAGCAUAAGAAAAUGAUCAAUCCGUCUAAUGCCUCUGAUCUUAGAACCCACCAUGUUCAUUCUCGCCACAAAAAGAACAGUAAUCCUUUGAACCCUUUAGCACACCCAUUUUGUGAUCUCUCACUGUUUGCUGCUGUGGAUGUGAUUAUGCUGCUUUUGGUACUCGGAGCAGUGGGCUUUUUGACUGUUCCAUACUUCAAACUAAUCUUUCGUGAAGCCUUCGGAAUUCUUCCAACAAUUUGUGAUAUUGUUGCUGAUGUAAUUCGUAAUGCGCCGCUUGCAUAUGUGGUUGGACUGGCUGUAUCAUUCACCGGACUUAUUGCCACGAUUGCUGCGUGGGAGAUUUUUAGUAUGAAAUCAAGAAAAUGUGGAAAUCCUCACUGUAAGGCUCUGCGCAAAGCUGUAGAAUUUGACAUCCAGCUUGAGUCGGAAGAGUGUGUGAAGUACUUACCUCCGUUGCCAACAACUGAUUAUGGGCUGAAACCACUGGAACUAGGGGAGGAUCACAAGGAGCUGGAGGCAGAGUUGAAAAGGAUGGCACCGCUCAAUGGUCGCACCGUUCUUAUCUUUCGAGCACCAUGUGGAUGUCCUGCAGGUAGAAUGGAGGUUUGGGGUCCUAAGAAAAUCCGUAGAAUCAAGAAAUGAACUAGAUUUUUAUUGUUGUUGAUCUUUUUCAUCUUCCUUUACAUGAAUAAAUUGUAAGGUGCUGAGGUUGCUCACGGCUACUUCUCUUGACUUGUGUAAUAAGUGACCGACCAGUAUGGUUUAGUAAUAAUCACAUUUGAGGAGCAACCUUAUAUUGUAAUACGUUUCGAUAUACUAUGAUAUAAGAUAUUUCAUAUUAUAUUUAGCA